UUAGGGCGGCGACUUCCGUGCUUGGUCUUGAGCACGGCGGGAACGAGUCACUUGCGGGCGGAGCAGCGAUGAGGUUGCUAUUUGGGCUGAGGUUCCUGUUCUUUGGCUUCUUUCUAGCACACAUCCACUGUGAAGAAGUGUUUGGCAUCGUGGGAGAAAAUUUUACUUUUCCAGUAAAAAUAGACCAAAAAAUAGAGGAAAUUAUUUGGACAAAAAACAAGGAUAAAGUGGCUGAAUGGGACCGGCUGACUGAAGUGACAUAUUUUAAUUCGCUGCUUAACAGAAGCUUGCUUAACAAGGAGAAUGGGUGCUUGACUGUAUUUAACUUGCAGGACAAUGAUGCUGGCACAUACAAGUUAGACUACGUGGAUUCUCAGGAAAAAAAUUCUGUCUUAACCUUCAUACUUACUGUGUUAGCUACCCCUUCAAAACCUGAAAUAAGUUGCAACAUCAGUGGUGGUAACAUUGUGUUAAGAUGUGCAGCUGAUUUCCCGAAGCCUCUGAAUUACGCUUGGAAGUUCAGUAGCAAACGAAUCACCCGUCAGACUCAGGAAGUUUUUAUCCCUAAGAAGGAUGUUGAUGCUUCUGAGAAAGCUUCAUGUUUCAUUAAAUUCUCUCAAACGGAGAAGAGCUCUGAAAUCUCUUUGACUCAAUGCUUUCCAGAUGAAAAAGCAGACAGCUAUCAUGACAGAGGCAGAUAUGGUCUUAUUGUGAUUCCUGUCGUAAUUUUUGCAGCAAUACUAGGAUACGUAUACAAAAAAGCUAGAACUAAAAGUGGAACACAAAGAGCUGCUCAGAAGAACAGUCCAGCGUGUAGCUCAGGGGAACAUCAGCCACUUUGCUCUAUGGAUGGUGAGGACCAGUCUAACUCAAGAGACAAAGAAUUGAACAAGGAGGACAGUGACCUGAAAGACAAGCAGAAGGUUAACAAUGGUGUAAAUCAGGAAGAGCUCUCUACCAAGCAGAAGAGCACCCCAAUGUCCAACUGUGCAGUUGACCGUGGUGUAACUGAGGGAGACACCUCUAAGAAGGAGAACAACAGCUCGCCGGCCAACCAUCCAGGUGACUAUGGUGUAAAUGAGAGAGGGUCUGGAAAGGAGCACGAGGACAGUGUGGAUCCAGAUAUGGAGGAGAGAGGGGGAGUAUUGCCUGUUGUCUUGGCAGAAGUGAUCCAGGCAGCAGAAAGUGGAAACGGGGAGCACCUGAGCAACUCUCCCAGCUCCAGUAAAGAAGAACUUAAAUCACAACCGAAUAAUUGCUUUGUGGGCGAAACAAUGACAGAAGAGAAGAAGUAGAAUUCAAUGGUGAAGGAGCUGCUAUCUUUUGUCAUGGACGUUUUCCACCAGCACUGAAGUCACCCAUAAAGAAGCACUUUGAAGGCUAGCUGAGCUGGUUCCAGUGCCUGUUUUUCUUUUCCCAGAAGGAACAGCCUCCUGAUAAAGAGGCUAAAUCAUGGACAAAAUCCUUUGUAUUUGUUUUGUAUCCAGUUUUAACAAAGAGCGCUCCACUAACCCAAAACGUAAGAGCUGAGGCCUUUUUUGUAAUUUGUAUUUAGAGAUUAACAAAGUCAUAUCCACUUGCAUGAAUGUGGAUAAAUCAAAAAUAAUCAGCUUUCUCUGCAGUUUUGGAUCAGUACCUUCUUACAGUCAGAAGAAAGAUGGUACAUCCUUCAGCAGUUCCAAAUGGGUGGAAGUUUGCAUUUUCUAGUCUCAGUUCUCCAGCAGGAGCUCAGUGCUCCAGAUAAAUAUUCUCCAAGAUAGCGAUUUCCUGGGGUUGGCAGAAGACUAGCUGAUCAUCUCCUAAUGGUCGUUGACUGUGAUAAAGCUGCCACUCAGCUUAUUGUUUUAUUGGAACAAAGCAGCUGCUAUUAGUAGAUUUUGGGGCUUUUUCCCCAAACUUUUGAUAUUUUUUGCACUUUUAGGGUGGUUCCUAGCUUCUGCUUCACAUUAUUCUAACAGAAUGUCAACCUACCCAUUUCUGAAGAAUAACAUGCUUUUAGGUUGCUUGUGACUGGAAAGAAAGCCUGUAAACUUGAACUCCUAUAUAUACACUGAAGCCCAAAAAGAAUCGAAGAGAAAGGAAUACUAUGUAUUAAUGUUUUCAAAACAUCAAGCUAUAGAGUGUGUUUCAUGACUCCUGCAUGCUGGUUGUUCAUGACACCUGAAAGCCAUUUCAGUUGAUUUUGAACUUAGUAUGUGUAAAGAAUUAUGAGGGUUUGACAAAGAUAACCAAAAAUCAGAAACUCCCCCUCCAUCUUCCCUCUUGUUUCAACUUAUUCCCAUUAUCUCUUGUUCUUCCACCAGGCACUACUGUGAACAAUCUGUCUCCGUCUUCUCAGUGAUCAGCUUGUAGGUAUGGGAAGGCUGCUGUUAGGUACCCUCCCAAAGGCUACUCUUCCCCAGUGUAAAGGACGAGCCCCAAGUGGCUGUACUGAGAACAGUGUCUGUCAGAGUGUGAACUGUGCUCCAGCCACAGACCACACUGGGGGCACUCUGCUGAACUUGCACAAAUUUAUCAGCACUCUUCCAGCACUGGAUGGGCCAAACUAGAUAUAAUACUCUACAUGUCAUCUAACAAGUGCCAAGUAAUAGAAAAUAACCACUUCCUUCAGUGUACUGGCUUAAGCACUCCUUAAAACAGCCUAGGAUGCUAUCACCUGCCUUUGCUGCCUGGGAACACCAUUGACCAGUCACCAUCUUUCUCCUGUGAGCAGAAAGACGUUCAGUUUUCAGUCCACCUCACUGUCUGCUCAUCUAGCCUAUACUUCAUUAGCAUCAUAUAUCACUAAAUCAAUUCCCUGUUCAGCAACCGGCCCACAUGCUCCUCGUUUAUUCUUUUACAGACACCCUAGCAGCAGGAGCUACUCUCAUUGUCCUGGUUAUCCCGUAGUGGUUUCAAGCCUCCCUGAGCCUUGGCUUUGUGACACCAUCCUUACCUGUCUGGGCAGUGUUCCUGAAUUAAUACGCUGUAGCCUGUCCCUGCCUCCACAUCUAGUAUAAGCAGUUUUUGCAUGGGAGCUAUGUCAGGAGUUCCCUUCUUAGCCAAGCUCACCUUCUGAUUUGCCUGCUGUUUUCCUGACUAUGGAGAUGGCCUGUGCUCAUGCCUGGAGAAAGUCCUCCUUAAAGGUCUUGAGCUCUUUGGAACUGUCUCCCAUGAGAUCCUGCCUAUCAUCUUCCUGAAAAAGCAGAAAUUUGCUCUCUGAAAGCACAGCACCUCUACUCUGAUGCUUACCUUCCUCACUCUGCUUGGGAUCUGGAGCUGUUUCUUGGUUACUACAGCCCAGGCAGCCAUUUGUGACCACAUCCUUCCCAGCUAGUGUGUGGCAGAUAAAGCUGCACAUCAGCCAUUGCUGGUGUAUGAAGAAGUUGUCCCUGAUGCUGCCCAGAAAUCCUCCUGACUGCAUGAAUUCCAGCAGGUGUCAGAAGUGUCCCCAUAUGCAUCAGAGUCUGAGAGUCAGGCACUUCCUUGAGCUGUUUUGAGAAGCCUUUACCUCCUUCCUCACCCUGAUCUCGUGGCCUGUAGCCUGCUCUAAUUGUGUCGUCAUCCCUACUGGCCUUUCCUGGGAUCCUGACCCACAAGCUCUCAGCCAGCCUGUCACCUGCUUUGUAUCAGAGCUCCAUACAUUCAAGCUGCUUUUCCACAGAGAGGGCAGCGUCUCUUCUCCUCUCUCCAUGACUUUCCUGUAGAGCUCCUAUGCAUCCACUGCAUUGCUCCAGUCAUGCAAGCUGUCUCACCAUAUCUCUGUUAUUCCAAGAAUGUUCAUAGAAUCAUUAAGGCUGGAAAAGACCUUUAAGAUCAAGUCCAACCGUCAACCCAACACCACCAUGCCUCCUAUACCAUGCCCUGAAGUGCCAUGUCUGCGUGUUUUUUGAACACCUCCAAGGAUGGUGGCUUUACUACCUCUCUGAGCAGCCUGUUCCAAUGACUGACCACUCUUUCAAUAAAGACAUUUUUCCUAAUAUCCAAUCUAAACCUCCUUUGAUGUAGCUUGAGGCGAUUUCCUCUUGUCCUAUCACUAGUUACUUGGGAGAAGAGACCAACACCCACCUCGCUACAACCUCAUUUCAGGUAGCUGUAGAGAGCAAUAAAGUCUCCUUUCAGCCUCCUCCAGGCUAAACAACCUUUCCUCAUAAGACUUGCUCUUCAGACCCUUCACCAGCUUUGCUGCUCUUCUCUGGACAUGCUCCAGCACCUCAAUGUCCUUCUUGUACUGAGGGGCCUAAAAUGGAACACAGUAUUUGAGGUGCAGUGUUGUAGUUCUGUGAACUCAUGGAGAACUGUAAUUCUUCCUGCUUGCUCUCCAUGCUGCAUGUACUUGUGCAUGUGUCUUCAUUCUUCAUGCCUCCUUCUGCCACUUUUUUUUUUUUUUUUAUUGCUUUUGAGGUAUACUUUGUUCCUGUCACCCUGUACCCUUUGUUUUGGACCCCUGUCCUCUACUACUUACCUGUGGGUUGUGAUCUCCCUUCCUAUUAUUCCUACUCCAGAGUUUUCCUCAUGAGGUUGGCCAGCCUGCCGACAAUGAUUUUACAUUAGGCAGCUCCACAGGGCAUGUAAGCUAUUCCUGUGUGCUUUUUCUGGUAGUGAAACUUAACUAGGAGUAACUAACAGUAUGAGCAGGAUCACAGGUAACUUAUGCCCAUGCCCUGUCCUGUUGUAGGAAGCAGAGACCUUACAGAAUACUUGAGAUCUUUUGUUAUUGCUACACAUACCAUUUAGAUGUUUACUUCCACUCACACAAUUUCUUCUGCCCUUUGCAGCUGCACUGCAGGAGUGUUCAGCAGGACCUUUUAUAAGAGCUAGACUAUCAACCUUUGUAAACACUUGUUCAUAAUUUAUUAAAAAAGACUUGUUAAGAUGUAAAAAGCUUUGCCAUAUCUUUCUGUAAUAUAUAUCCCUACACUUUUUAUUUAACCUUAAAAGCCAUUAACUGACCCUCAAAAUAAUCUUUAACUCAAAGUGAUUUUUUAAUAUAUAUAUGUAAGUCACAGCUCCUAAGCCAAGUGUUCUUCUCCAUUGCACCUUCAAAAGGUUUAUCAGGAUGAUGCUGUCUACCUCUUAGUAACUUUUUAACAAGUUUCCACACAAAUAUUCUUUGUCAUGUGUGUUGUGAUAAGUGUAAACCUGUAGCUUGUUUUCCUGCUUGGACCAAGGCUUGCUUUCUGUUUAUUAAUAUGAGAAAUAAAGGUCAAAAAAAUGUUUGUUUGGA